CGCACGACCUUGGUGAGGCUCGAGGUGGCGGUCCUGAUCCACGCGGCCGGUGAGAGCGCUCGCCGCAGUGGUGGCUUGAGGACUGAAGCCGAACGCUCGGGCCGGUGGAUUGGGCUUGAGGACGAGGCAGAGCACGAGCCGACGCUGGAUGGGAGCCGUUGGAUGGCAGGCGCCCGGGGCACACUUUAUCAGGCCGACUGUAAAUCGUUUAUUCAAUCGGUUUUGUAAUGGCCGCCCCAAAUGUCCAAUGCACCCCUGCAAAUUUUGGCUUGUGCGUGCAUGGUGCCCAGCCGGCGUGCUAUGCGUGUUGGAUGGAUGACUGAGGGCGCGCGCGGCCGGCCGGCUGCCCGGCAUGUGUGCUGUCCGUGCGUGUUGACUCAGCUAAUUGGUCAGCUCAAGAGAGAGUCAAUGGCCGAAUGACUGAAUGCCCAGUCCAUCUCUAUCAAUUGCAAAAUUGGCACACCUAUCAUUUGUGGAGUGACAUUGAUUUGUCAAGAGUUAUUGAAAGGCCAGGAAUCAUCUUCCCCUCAACCAGAUCCAUGUUCUUUGACUCACUUUUCCAUCAAGAUCAUAUACUUUUAACCAUCUUGCCCUCAACCAGAUUCAUGUUCUUUGACUCACUUCUCCAUCAAGGCAACUAUUUCUCUCAAACUGCAAGAAAUUAUGGUAGACUUGUAGUGACGUCUGUGGGCGCGUUAAGGUGGCUGCAUUGUUGACCAUGGUAGAGAUCUGGAGAGGAGGAGGCUGCGCGGCGACAAUGGCCACAGUAAUUCUUGCGCACUGAGCCACCUCUUGUUAAGUCCCUUGUUCAAACACAUGGUAUUUUUGUUCUUCCUUUGUUUAUUUUGCUUUAUUUUGGUGUAAGAGAUAAACAAAAUAACCAACUAGGCUUGCCCACUAUUUUGGUGUAAGAGAUAAACAAAAUAACCAACACAUGGUAUUUUUGUUCUUCCUUUGUUUAUUUUUGCUUUAUUUUUGGCAAUAUAAAUGUUGGUGAUUCAUCUUCAGAUAUCUUUGCUGCUCUUUUUCGUACCACACUACCGAUGCAAUAGGUCACUAUGAACCUGACAUGUCAUGCCUUAUUGAUCGGUGAGCACCAUAUCUGGUACUAGAUCACUGCUAUUAACGAUGCUGCGAUUGCAUCUUUAGUUCCUGCUGCUAAAUUGGAACUAUUUAUAUUUUGUCGCACAUGAGGCUUUGCAAGGCAUUGUUGCAACCACCCAUUGGCUGUACUUUGUUUGAUAUACUCUACAGGAGUGCUCUAAAUCAAGUUUUGAAAUUUUUAUUUCAUCAAUUAUAAAACAUUUAGGGAUAUUUCUCAAUGGUUUACAUAGGGUCAGUUGUGAUUCCUUACCGCAUCGAAUCUGAUCUGCUAUUUUUUCACAUCCUCCAUUUUUAGGGUUUUUUUAGUUUUCUCCUCUGUUUUGCGCAUAUUAUAUAGUACUUGACACUCCUUUCUCUAUAUGGUUUUUACACAAUGCUUUAGUUUUCCAUAGUUGCCUUGCAUCCUAACAUGUCUCAAGGUGUAUUUCUUUCCUUCAUCUUGCUAUUAGGAAUUUGGCGACGCCUCUUUGAUUCACUCUUAUGUUCUUUCCAUUUCUUUCGUCAUGUCAUAUGCUCCAGGAUGUCUUACCUGACCAUGUAUGUACCACUCUUUAUUUUUUUUAUAAAGUUGUAUGAAACCCCCCUCUGCAAAAAACACAUGAAAACUUUGAUCUUGCAAGGAACCUUUGUUUUCCAGAUAUAGUUUCUGUGAAAAAUAGGUCAAAAUCCAUAAGAUCCACAUACAUAGACUUCAUAAGGUGAAGAUGCCAUUAGUAGUUAACCUCCACUGGAGACAUCAACCUAGAAUCCAAAUGUGUCCAACUGAGGAAUUGGAUGUUCAAAGGGCUAGCCCCAAGAACAUAAGCCACUGAAUCCUCUUUUAUGAAGACAAUAUUAUACAUGGUCGGGGAUUGUAAAGCUAAUGGAGUGUCACCCAACCAGAUAUCUUUCCAAAAACUCGUUGAUUGGCCGUCAACAACCUAAAUCCCCUCUUGAAAAAAGGAUGACUUGACCUUCAUCAAGCCCCUCCAAAACACUGAAUCGGUAGGCUUAGCAUCUACUUGGGUAACGUUUUGGAGUACAGAUAUUUGUUAUGGAGCAACUCUUGCCAAACAUGUUCCUAGGAGCGUAUACUACAAUAUGAAGAACAGGGGAAUAGGUGAGGAGAAGAGUAGAAAAGGAAAUUAGCUCACCUGCAAUGUGGUUAUUACGUGAUGGCAGGUAGUGCAUGUGCGCAGACAGAUCUCAGCCCCAGUGCAGGUUGAUUCCCUCUUAUUUUGUUUCUUACCUCAGCUGCUUCAGAGCACCUUGCAGUAGUUUUCUAGGAUUAAUAACAGCGCAUGCAUACUGAUGUUCCUUAUUCCUUUCAGCAUGUGAUGAGGCACCAUCCAGGUGUCAGCCAUUGGCCCCUUUCUGUACCUGUGCCCUCUUCCAUCAGCCUACGUAAAACGGAAGUUACUAACUAAUACCGUUCCAGCUUACUUAGCCAGAUGGUAAUUUACAGUUUACACCCGAAUUGCCAGUGAUUUCCAUCAUUAUCGUUAUCCCCGAUCACUGGCUGAUAUCAUACCCUCAGUCACUGGCUCGUAUGGCAUCACCCGAACACUAAAACCUCGAGCACCUCCACGACUGAUUGCUGAGGUUUUGUCCACAGCAAUUGUUGACAUGCACCACAGUAUCUGUCAGUCACAUGCCUGUUUCUUUCAGCUAAACUCAACUGUUGUUCGUUCUUCGUGUGUGUUGGAGAUUUCACAAGACAGAGACAGGGGCAGAGGGAGAAUCCAAGCGAGUAGCUAAGCCUCGCAGUCGCAGCCAUCCACGAGAUUAACUAGGCUAGUAGAAACAGUCUGGUCCUCAUGUGCAUCAUCCCCUCUCCUCCACCCCGGAACAAAAACCCCUCGCCUCGCGGCCGCGGUCACAUGCCGUUGCCGCUUGCCGGUUUGUGUUUGCCUUAAUUGGCCGCGGCCCCUCCAUCCCAUCCCUCCCUCCUCCUCCUGUCCUGCGCCGCUCCAUACCUCACCACUGCUCACUGCCAGUAUUCAGGGGGAGCGUUAAUGGCUAGCUAGCGCGCCAUUCCCCAAGCCAGCCACACAUGCACACUGCGCCGUGCAUUCACUUCCCUCCCUCCUCACGCACGCAUUCAGCACUGUGCAGCCGCUGCUCUCCCCUACCCCUGCCCUGCUGCAUCUGCAACAGCUAAACUGACUCUUCAAAGGGAGACAUAGGAUCCAUGGUGUGGAAGAGCUGGGGACGGCGGCUGCUGCUCAGCGCCGUGGUGCUCCUGUUCUCGGGCGCGGCGGGCGGUGCUGCUGCCGGCGACGUCUCCCUCAGCCUGACCAGCGCCCCGCCGCGGGUCUCGACGUCGGCGUCGGCGGUGUUCGCCUUCCGAGCCGUGCAGAGCAGCGGCUGGACCUGCUGGGACUGCGCCAUCACCUGCAAGUUGGACGGUGAACGAAGAUCGGACUGCUGGGGCAACGGAAAUGGGACGGAGGUGGUGACCUUUGCCGGACUCAAGGACGGCAACCACACAUUCGCGGCGUGCGCGACGCCGAGAUCAGGAUCAGGAAGCAGCGCCGGCCCGACCUGCGCCACCUACGCCUGGGAUGUUGACACCGUUCCUCCGACGGCGACGGUGGCGGCGGAGUCGGCCUUCACGGCCGCGCCCAACGUCUCGGUGCUCGUCUCCCUCAGCGAGCCGUGCCCGGGCGGCGGCGGCUUCACGUGCAACGCCACCUACUGCGACCUCAUCGUGUACGGGCCCGGCCGCGUGGAGCCGUCCACCCUGGAGGCCGUCGAGCCCGGCCUGCGGUACUCCGUCGCCGUGUCGCCGUCGCCGGACGUGGACUACGGGCGCAUGAUCCUGGUGAUGCGCCGGGGGUUCUGCACCGACGUGGCCGGCCACCGCUUCCGGAGGAGCUCCAACUCGAGCUUCACCCUCCGCUUCGACAAAAGGAGCGAUUCCAUGAACAUCACCGCCAGCAUCCCGCAGAAGCUCCUGCAGAUCCAAGGCGCGAUGAGGGUGGUCGAGGCCACCAACGACGACAGGGAGCUGAGGAUAUACAUGUCCUUCGCCGAGCCGGUGAUGAACACGUCCGCGGAGAUACUCGCCGCUCUCACCGCGACCGGGGCCGUGCUGACGCCGACCAACAGGAGCACGCUCGGCAACCGUCGGUUCGGUUUCGUCGUGAACAAGAUAUCGAGCACAGCUGUUGUGACUGUUGCAUGUGAUACGAGUUCUGUAAUCAGCAGACAGGGGACCCCGGUUUAUUCAUCACAACCAUUCACAUUUCUAUACGAUACGCGACGGCCUUCUGUUAAACUGGCCACGUCGACCGUCAGGACAAGCUCACACACCAUCCCCGUCUUGAUCAAGUUUGAAAAGCCUGUGUUUAACUUCACCUCCUCCGCAGUGCAGCUUUCCGGGGGCAAACUAUUGAGCUUCCAUGAAGCUAGUAAGAGCAUAUACACAAUGCAGAUCCUGGCAGUUGACAAGCUGGUUUCGGUCCAGGUUGCUGAGAACACAGCUCAGGACGUGGCUGGGAAUCCCAAUCUGCCAUCAGACCGCCUCCAAGUGAGACACUAUUCUGUCCCUGCAUCGUCUUCAUCAAUCGCAAUCAUCGCCACCGUAAUAUUUGCAGCAACCGCCAUCGUCGCCACACUGCUCACCGUCUCCACAUCAUCGCUCAUUGCAUCCGGCGCCAUGGCAAGGCCUUCGUCUUACUCCAUCUCCGAGCCAUCACGAAAUCUUCUGAGAAUGGCAUGCCAGAUCCAGAUCUUUGCUCUGUCGAGAUGGCUGUCGAUAAAUCUGCCGGUGGAGUACUACGAGCUGGCCAAGGGGAUAGAGUGGACAAUUCCGUACAUUCGGCUUCCGUGGGAGGGUCCCUCUGCAGAUCCAUUCGUGGGCUACUCCACCAUGCCGGCCAUUGCGUACUCGGAGCUGGUGGACAGGAGUGAUGUGGUACAGGCUGAUCCCUACUACCCUGGAGCUGCACCAGGUGGUCAGCAGCAGAUUAUGCCGAUGCAGAUACCGGUAGAAGGGAAGCCGCCAGCGAUCCCGCUGCAGACCCCGGCGUUGGAUGGGAAGCCGCUGACCGCCAUGGAGUACCGAUCUUUCUUUGAGAAUCAGGACAUGAAGCCCGAAGCACAGAUUAUCAUGAAGCUGCAAGAUUUGGACGGGUGGAAAUACUUCGGAAGAAACAUGUUGUGGCUGGGUGUCAUUGGGGGAGGCCUCAUGCUGCUGCAUCUUCUUCUCCUCCUCUACUUGAGAUUAAGGUACAGAGGAGGCACAGGAAAGUACGGAGCACUCGUCCUCCCUAGGUUUGAGAUCAUGCUUGCAAUCCUUGCGAUACCUUGUGUAUCCCAAGCGUCUGCAGCACUCAUCAGAGGUGGGACUACCGGAGGGCUCGCCGUCGGGAUCGUGCUCAUCGGCAUCUUGACGGCGUUCCUGGUGGCCCUGCUGCUGUUCCUGUCGCUGGGCAUCACGACGGGCAGGCUGCUGCAGUACAAGGAGGUGCACCAGGAGGGGCAGGAGCACCGGUGGUACCAGGAGAUCGUGAGGCGGACGCUCGGCCCCGGCAAGCGCGGGCAGUGGACGUGGAAGGACCCCGGCCGCGCCGCGCGGCUCGUCAAGCUCGGCCCGCUGUUCGAGGACCUGCGCGGCCCGCCCAAGUACAUGCUGACGCAGAUCGUGGUGGGCGGGGGCGGGAAGCGGGCGGCGGCGGACCAGCGGAUCAUGGCGUCGGAGGACGAGAACGAGGACGCGGAGGCGCCGGUGAUCCAGAAGGUGUUCGGCAUCCUGAGGAUCUACUACACGUUCCUCGAGUCGGUGAAGCGGGUGGCGCUGGGCAUCGUGGCGGGCGCGCACGCGUCGUCGGGCAGGUCGUCGCGGGCGCACGCCGUCGUGGUGCUGGCCGUCGCGUCGUUCCAGCUCUUCUUCAUGCUGCUCAAGAAGCCCUUCAUCAAGAAGCGGGUGCAGCUGGUGGAGAUCGUGGCGGUGGCCAGCCAGGUGUUCGUCUUCGCCGCCUGCCUCGUGCUCAUCGACAGGAACAGCGGCGAGCUGGAGGAGGUCGAGGAGAGCGGCGGCGUGGGGAUCGCCAUGCUCGGCGUCUUCUCGCUGGCGUUCGCGGCGCAGGUGUGCAACGAGUGGAACGCGCUGUACCGGCAGGUGCAGUUCCUGAGCCCCGACAGGAGCUCCUUCCUGGAGGGCACCAAGGCGGCCUCGGUCGGGCUGCUGCUGCUGGUGCUCCCGUCGUCGGUGCUGGGCGACCCGCUGGCGGGCCAGCAGCAGGAGCCGUCGCCGGAUAGCGGCGGCGGCAUGGGUCAGACGGUGCCGGGCGAGGCUCUGAGGAGUUCGAACGAGCGGUCGUGGCUUGGGCAGCUGCGCGAGAUGGCCAAGGCGAGCUUCAGCAGGGACGGGGAGGACCCGUCCAGCAGCACCGCGUACAAGGGGAAGAGGAGCCGGAGCUCGUCGGUGACGUCGCAGUCCGCGGACUCCAAGGCCAAGGGGGAGUGGAGGCCCAAGUCCAAGGCGCUGCACAAGGAUUUGGAGGCCAUCUUCUCCAACAGGUAGGUAAGCAGGCUCGCGGGUCCAUCAUGGUUGGCAAGUGAUGUGAGAAAUAAGAUAGAAUCAGCUGGAUAAACAGGGUCUACUAAAAAAAAGAUCUGGAUAAGCAGGGAAGUGGAAACACUGCACAUACUAGCAAUAGGAAUAUGCCGUUUAAUUUGACACAAAAAUCAUCACUAGGUGUAUGUGUGGUAGCAUUAUUGUCACAAGAUCAUUCAUGUCCAUGAUAGAAUGAGUUCUUCAUAAUCA